AUGAAGAAAGAGAUUAGUCCUGAGGGUGAGGUUAUAAGAAGAGGAAGAUCAAAACACCAAUCUACCACAUCAUAUUUCAAACUCCAAUCACUAAAUUUGAAAUAUUUUAAAACAUAUUCAACAAAAUUACAUACAUAUUAUCAUGUUCUCUUGGCAAUUGUCCAUGGAACCACUAUGAUUCUCCAAAAGAAAGCUUUCAAGGCAAAAUGGUAUUAUUGCAUAGCUCUUGCAUGGGUGGAUGUAGAAGCCAAUUUUCUUGUGGUAAAAGCAUACCAUUACACUUCUAUAACAAGUGUCAUGCUGCUGGAUUGUUUUACAAUCCCGUGUGCCAUAAUUUUUACCUGGUUUUUCUUGAAGACAAAGUACAGAUUUAAAAAAUUAACCGGUGCAGUGAUCUGUAUUGCUGGUCUUGUGAUUGUCAUCUUUUCAGAUGUUCAUGCAAGUGACAGAGCAGGAGGGAGCAGCCCUCUGAAAGGGGAUUUGUUUGUGAUUGUUGGGUCUAUUCUCUAUGCUGCCAGCAAUGUUAGUGAGUUUGCUCUAUGGAAUGUGAUUAUUUUGUCCUAUGGAAAGCUCAGUGGGUCUGCAAUGUUAAACCUGUCUUUGUUGACUUCAGAUAUGUGGGCAGUUCUUAUUCGCAUCUUUGCUUACCAUCAAAAGGUUGAUUGGAUGUACUUCAUGGCAUUUGCUGCUGUUGUCGUUGGACUCAUUAUUUAUUCAGGGGGUGGCAAAGGUGAUGAGCAACAUUAUGCUGAGAUUGCUGAUGAAGAUGCUGAGAGAAGCAGAUAUUUUGAUGAGAAGGCUGGUCUUCUUGGAAAUUCCGACCAUAGUUCUAUAGUUGGGGGCUCGAGGAUUGGCGAUAGUAGUAAGCAUGGUUCUGCUUCCUCUGGCAUUGCAAGACAGGAUGAUUCUGAUAACAAGAGGAUGGAGAAAGAUGCACAAUGGAAGACAGGAUAA